AUGCAGGGUCUUGAAGCAUUGUUGCUCUGCCUGGUGGUUGGCACCACAGUGGCGGGCACUAUAAGUCCAGCUCCCAAUCCCUUUGAGCGUGAGGGCCGCAUUGUGGGUGGCGAGGACACGACCAUUGAGGCGCAUCCCUAUCAGGUUUCGCUGCAGAAGAAAAGUGGCUCCCACUUCUGUGGUGGCAGCUUGAUUAGCCACAAUAUGGUGGUUACUGCCGCUCACUGCCUGCAGGGCAUCAAGGUGUCCAGCAUACGAGUGCGUUUGGGCUCAACCCGGUACAACGAAGGGGGCUUGCUCGUCACCGUCGAAAGUUUGGUCUACAACGAUCAGUACAACAGCCAGACACUGGCUAACGAUGUGGGCCUGCUCAAGCUGGCGGAGAGUGUGGCCGAAUCGGACUCUAUUCGUUAUAUACCAUUGGCUGAGGUAACACCGCCAACAGGCACACCGGCUGUGGUCACGGGCUGGGGCACCAAGUGCUACUUCUGGUGCAUGUCCCUGCCAAAGACCCUUCAGGCUGUCGUUGUCUACAUUGUGGAUUGGAAAACGUGCGCCUCCGAUGAGUACAAAUACGGGGACAUUGUUUUGGACACCAUGGUCUGUGGCUAUGAGAAGGAUAAGGAUGCCUGCCAGGGUGACUCCGGCGGACCUCUGGUGGCCAACAAUCAGCUGGUGGGCAUUGUGUCCUGGGGCUACGGCUGCGCCGGCAAGCUGCUGCCUGGUGUCUACGCCGAUGUGGCAGCUUUACGCAGUUGGAUCGAGGAAAACGCCAAAACUUUGUAAAUACAAAUCGCUUUGAAUAAAAUAAUGAAAUUGAUAACGAAAU